CCAACCAUCCUUUCAAUUAUAAUCUCUCAUCUUUUCUUAGUCUUAUUCUUCAGAAUUGUUGACAGAGAAGAUCACAAGCAGCAGCAGAACCAUCCUGAAAUGUUUCAGGUGCUUGCACAAGUAAGAAUAUCGCGCAAUGGAGAUUGUUGCCGCCAUUGUUAGUCCUCUGGUUGAGUCUCUCAUAGUUCCCGUUAAGAAACACCUCGGUUACUUGAUUUCCUACAAAAAGUAUGUGAGCGAUAUGGAUACAAGAAUGGAAGAGUUGGAAGCUACAAGACGUGGUGUUGAAGGCCACAUAAACCGUAAAAAAAACAAUUACCUUAUGGUUCCAAUGGAGGUCAGUGGUUGGUUGGAAAAAGUAGGAAAUAUCGAAGCACAAGUACGGGAAACAAGUCUUAGUGAUGUCGACAGUUGCUUCAAUCUCAAGGUUAGGCAUAGGCUAGGAAGGAAAGCCUUUAAGAUCAUUCAGGAUAUCGACCGUCUCAAAGAAGAAAAGUCUAGAAUUGAUUGGACUGAUCAUCCAAUUCCUCUUGGAAAAGUUGAUUCCAUGAAGCUUUCCACCUCUACACCAUCAAGUCAUCACAAUGACUUCAAAUCUAGAGAGCAGACUUUUAUGGAAGCACUUAAAGCCCUCCAACCAGACAACAAAACCCACAUGAUAGCUUUAUGUGGGAUGGGGGGAGUCGGGAAGACCAUAAUGAUGCAAAACCUAAAGAAAGUUGUAAGUGAAAAGAAGUUGUUUGAUUUUAUUAUUGAGGCUGUUAUAGGGGAAAAGAUGGAGGUGCAUCAAAUUCAGCUAGCUAUAGCAGACUUCCUGAGUUUAGAUCUAAAAGAAACCACUACAGCAGCUAGAGCUAUUAAGCUUCGUAAAAGUUUCGAGGCCCGUUCUGAUGGUGGUAAGAAGAAGUUCCUGAUACUACUAGAUGAUGUAUGGCAGUUCGUUGAUAUUAAUGAUAUCGGGUUAAGUCCAUUGCCAAAUCAAGGUAUCGAUUUUAAGGUAUUAUUGACAUCACGAGACCGAGGUGUUUGUACUACGAUGGGAGUUGAACUUGAUUCAAUUCUCAAUGUGAAAGUCAUAGAGAACUCAGAAGCAYAUAAUUUCUUUCUCCAAUUUGUAAAGGKUUCCGAUGAUGAUGAUCUCRAUMUUGAGCUCCGUGAGAUAGGAGAAGAUAUUGCAAAUAGAUGUCACGGUCUGCCCAUUGCCAUCAAAACCAUAGCCCGUACUCUUAAAGGUAAAAGCAAGCAUGUGUGGGAAGAUACAYGUUCUAGAAUAGAGAACAAAGAUGUUGAUGAAGUCGUGCAUCAAGUUUUUGAGAUAAGCUACAGAAAUCUCCAUGAUGAAGAGACUAGAUCAACUUUGUUGUUGUGUUGUUUGUUUCCCGAAGAUUUCGAUACUCCUGUGGAGGAGUUAGUGAGGUACGGUUGGGCCUUGAGAAUGUUUAACAAAGUGGAUACUAUAAGAAAAGCAAGAAACAGGUUGAACACAUGCAUUGAGCGACUCAUACAUGCAAAUUUGUUGAUUCAAAGUGAGGCAGUUGGUUGUGUCAAGAUGCACGAUCUAGUGCGUGCUUUUGUUUUAGACAUGUGUUCCGAAGGCGAACAUGCUUCAGUUGUCGGUGAUAUGUCAAAGUGGCCUGCAAAACCUGUGAGCGAGUUUUGCAAAAGAAUUUCAAUAACAUGCACAGGAAUGUCUGAGUUUCCUAGAGAUCGUAAAUAUCCAAACCUCUUGUUAUUGAACCUUAUGAAUGGAGAGAAGUCGUUUCCUGAAGACUUUUAUCAAGAAAUGGAGAAACUUGAAGUAAUAGUGUAUGAAAAUAUGACGUAUCCAUUGAUUCCCAUAUCACAAUACUCGAGUAAUCUUCGAAUGCUAAGUAUCCAUCGAUGCCCAUUUAUGUUUGAUUGCUCUCCUGUUGGUGAUCUUUUAAACUUGGAAUUGCUUAGUUUUACCUAUUGCAAAAUAGAAAAGUUACCAUCCACAAUUGGAAAUUUGAAGGAGCUAAAGUUACUUGAUUUGACAGGCUGUAGUAAUCUUUGUAUUGAUGAUGGUGUCUUGAAAAGUUUGGUCAAACUUGAAGAGCUUUAUAUGCGCAGGGUUAGACGACAUGCCGAUGGUGAUGAAUUAGUGGAGUGUUCAAAAAACCUUGUUGAAAUAGCAAUUGAGUUUUUUGGUGACAAUGCUUUGCCAAAGAAUAUGUCAUUUGGGAAACUUGAAUGGUUCAAGAUCUCUUUGGGAUGCUCUGUUGAUGAUUGUGAUCUCCAAAGCAAACAUUCAGAAGAAAACACAUUAUGUUUGGUGACCAACAAAUGUGAACUUUUGGAUUCUAGGGUGAAUGAUUUGUAUGGAAAGACAAAGGUGCUUCAUUUACAAGUGGAUGGUAUAAAUGAUCUUGGAGAUUGUUUAGGGGAAUCYUUGCAUCGUUUUGGAUGCCCAUUUUUCAGUUUAAAAGUCCUUCAUAUUUGUGAGUGUGCACAUUUGAGAUACCUCUUCACAGUCCAUGUGGCAAAUGGUCUGAAUCAGCUUGAGCACCUCAAAAUUAUCAAGUGCCCUGCAUUAGAAACACUUAUAGAUGAUGAGAAUUGUGAAGUUAAGGUCAUCAAAUUUCCAGCUCUAAAGUUCCUAUCUUUGAUUAAUCUACCAAUGCUAAUGAGUUUGUGCAAGCUGGGUGGCAACGUAAUUGAGUUCCCACAACUGGAAGUAUUGAAACUUGAUAACCUUCCAAAUUUCACUAGCAUUUAUGAAGAUUUUCUAAAGAAAGAGGUUGUGAGUUCUAAGUUGAAGGAUUUGACGAUUACGGAGAUGGAGAAGUUGACGGAGAUAUGGCCAAGUCAAUAUUUGAGUAGUAAUGAGGUUAGUCAAUUGAGAAUGAUUGAAGUGAAAAAAUGUGAUAGUCUUGUGAACUUGUUUCCAAGCAAUCCAAUGUCGUUGCUGUAUCAUCUGGAACAACUUACAGUUUCCGAAUGUGGUUCCAUUGAUGUGUUAUUCAACAUUGAUUUGGAAUCAUGUGUUGGUGAAAUUGAGCAAGAGAACAACAACUUGAGAUCUAUUACAACAAUUGGAUUAAGGAAACUUAGAGAGGUUUGGAGGGUGAAGGGAGUAGUCAACUCUAGUCUCCCCAUUCUUGGCUUUCAAAGUGUUGAAUGCAUAGUGAUAAGAGAAUGCAAGAGGUUAAGAAAUGUAUUCACACCUACCACCUCAAAUUUUGACAUGAGGGCACUUAAGAAGAUUAGUAUAAAUGGCAUUGAUGGGUGGGGAGAAAAUAAAAGCAACAAUGAAGAGAUUAAUGUUACAACCAAUGAAGGCAUAUCAGAAGUGGAAGAUGAUAUUCAUAAUGUUGCAUUCCCAUCUUAUCUCAUGCAUAAUUUGCAUCAACUUCAUACGCUUAGGUUACUUUAUUUUGAAGGGGUGGAGGUGGUGUUUAAGAUAGAGAGUUCAAGUUGUAGAAAGUUGGCAACAACUCAGAAUAAUCACCAACCGCAACUACUCCCUCACCUCAAGGAUCUGGAAUUACAUGGUCUGAAUAGGAUGACUCAUUUGUGGAAGUACGAUUGGAACCAAUUCUUAGUUUCUCAACAAGAACCGAAAUCUUCUUCAUUCGUCAAUAUCAUGAGCAUAACCCUUUGUUCAUGUGGCCGUAUAGAAUACUUAUUCUCUCCUCUCAUGGCCAAACUUCUAUCCAACUUAAUUAGCAUCACAAUAAAGUCGUGUGAUGCUAUGGAAGAGGUUGUUUCUGACAUAGACGAUGAAUAUGAAGGAAUGGCUACGUCUAUAUCUUGCCACACAGAUACGACUUUCUUCCCGCAUUUAGACAAUCUCAACCUUGGUUAUUUACCAUGCCUAAAGCGUAUCGAUGGUGGUGGUAACAACUGUGGGGGCAAGGAACUCAUGACUUCCACUGUUACUGCUUCUUCUGUUUAUGAUAAAUUCCAGUGUUAUCAAGUUGGUGGAGCAUAUUGGUCCUCUUUCCAAUAUGCAAAAACAAUAGAUAUACGGGAAUGUCAUGCCUUGUUAGCUCUGAUUCCAUACCAAGCGGUUGGUGACAAUGCUAAUAUUGGUGAAGGAAGUGGUGAUACGGUUACAAUCCCAACGCCGAUAAAUAUGACUUCACUUGAAUUGCCCAACCUGAAAAUCUUAUAUAUUGCCGGAUGCCACAGUUUGAAAUAUAUAUUCACAACUUCUAUACUUAAGAGCCUUAACAAACUCCAAGAGUUGAAGAUAAGUGAUUGCUCUGCAAUACAAGUGAUUGUGAAGCUGGAAGACAAUGGAGAGCACAUAUUAGGAUUGGAAGAUGUGGUCUUCCCUCGUCUUACGACCCUUACACUAGUUGGUUUACCAAGUCUCAAGGGGUUCUUCUUGGGGAAGAAUGACUUCCAGUGGCCAUUAUUGGAUAAGGUUAAGAUCUACCGUUGUCCGCAAAUGAUGAUUUUCACAUCUGGUCGCUCGAUGGCUUCGAAACUAGAAUACAUACAUACAGGUGUAGGCAAACAUAGUCUUGAAUGUGGCCUCAACUUCGAUUGGACCAAUGCACCACAUGAGGGUCAACUCUAUAAGUCAAGUUCCUGCUCGACUGGUGCAGAUAUAAUAGAGUUACUUCAAUUCCCUUGGUCUUUUUCCAACUUAGUCGAAGUAGAUAUACAAUAUUUUGACAGUAAAGCAAUAUUUCCAAGCCAUGAGUUGUUUAACGUAGAAAAUGUUGGAGAUAUUGAAGAAGCAGAAAAGGUAUUUGAAGUAGUAGAAGGGACAAAUGAUGAAACACAAUCUGCAGAUGAUGUGAUACUAAUUUCCAAGAAAAAACAAGUUAUAUGGAAGAGUAAUUGGUGGAUACCAUCCAAACCUUCAAACCUCACAAGGGUAUCACUUCAUUUUUGUGACAAUAUGGAACAUGUUUUCUCUCAUGGCAUGGCUGCUAGUUUAGUCCAACUGCAACGCCUUGUGAUACAUUGCUGCACCGGUUUGAAGGUAAUUGUGGAGGCAGUGCGAGAUUCCACUAACGAGAUGGUUUCCUUCCCUUUUCUAAAAUCCUUAGAACUUGCUCAUCUUAACAAAUUGGAGGGAUUUUGCUUGGGGAGUGAUCAGGCUUUUCAAUGGCCAUCAUUAUAUACUUUGAGAAUAGAAAGAUGUCCAAGAAUGACAGUUUUCACCAAGGGACAGUCUACUACUCCAAAGCUAGAGUUAAUAAGAACAAGUUUUGGAUGGUGUGAGGCAAAGGAUGACAUCAACUCCUUUAUAAGGAAAAGAACACAAGAGGGAUACGAAUUCUAGAGAAAGAUUGAUCGAGGCUUCAUGGAGUUUAAGGAAAAAGAAUUAGACACGGGAAAGGAUCCGAUGAAAUAGUUGAUUCAGUUGAAGUU